AUGGACCAACCGGGCCCAGUAUUGCAUGCCAUCAAGACAAAGAUCACUCAAGCCUUGGCUCCUACCCAACUCGAAGUUGUGGAUGACAGUUCUAAACACAAAGGCCAUGCUGGCACUAAAGGUCUGAGGAGUACAGAAACCCACUUUCGUGUUGUGAUUGUAUCCGAUGCAUUUGCUUCAAAGUCGUUGGUACAGCGACACAAGUUAGUUUAUGAAAUUCUCGAUCAGGAAAUCAAUAGUGGUGUUCAUGCUCUCAGUCUUGUUACAAAAACUCCACAAGAGUUUGAGAAUUAUGUGCCAAAAUAA